CCAUGACAAGCCAUUUGCCAUCUUCGAUCACAGCCAUCCUGUUGCUAUGUCUAAGAAUGGUUGACGCAGUAAAUUUUGAAAAAACAUCCAGCUGCAAUCGGAGAUUAAGUGGUGCUGAUACCGGUAACAUACACUAUCCUGAAUCGUCGAAAACACAUGAAGACGACAAAUUCUGUAACUAUGCCAUUGAAGUUCCAUCAAAGAAGAGGAUAAAUCUUACCUUCACUGAUAUAUGGCUUCAAGCAACUUGCUCUGCAUUAACUGAUUUCGUCGUGGUAUUCGACGGUUCGGACUGCAUGUCUAGAAGACUUGGAGCAGUGUACGAAGGAGAAGGAACAUUUAUUUCAUCGACUAAUAAGAUAACGGCUUUGCUCAUAUCAAAUGAGCCUUUUAGAACAGGAAGAUUUUCGGCUACAUACACAGCAGUUACCGGGACAAGUGCAACAGUUCCAAAAUCCUCAGGACCAAACUGCGGACAGGAACUAACGGCGGAAUCGGGCAGCAUCUCGUUUCAUGGAACUGCACAAACAAAUGUCCUCUGCAUCUGGAGGAUAAGGGUACCUUCCGGAAAGACUAUCAACCUACGUAUAACCACGUUAAAUUUGGAUGCAGCGUUUACAUCGCUCCGCGUGUUGAAUGGGGAAAACUGUGGUGCCAGUUUAAUAGCCUACAUCUAUGGAAUGCCCGAAAAUCGGCCUUUCACCGUGAACUCUACAUCGAACACUCUGACCUUAGUAUUAUCAUCACCCUUCGGAUUUGCAUCAGAAGUAAUUGAAGCGACUUAUUCAAGCAUUGGCCAGAAUACGCAGUCCUCUUCUACUAAGAAGGUUGUUGGCAUUCGGAUCCACUUAUAUUUGUUGUUCGCGACGUUUCUUACUUGUAACAAGAAGCCCUAA